AUGAUAUACAAUUAUGAACCGAUCAGAGCCCAAACCGAGAAAAGACAAGCUGAAAAGAUAAGACGCGUUUGUGGAAUCUCUUCAGCACCACAAGCGGCCCAAUCAUUGGAGAAGGUCGGGAUCAUCUCAUUCACCCAACGAGACCUCGAAGGAAUCCAAUUUCCCUACAAUGAUGCACUGGUCAUAACUCUUCAAAUUGUGAACUCAAAAGUCAAGAGGGUUAUGAUCGACGGUAGAAGCAGCGCAGAGGUAAUGUUUCGGAACACUUUUAAGAGAAUGAAAUUGGUUGAAAAGGGGGUCAGGCCCAAUCCCACAUCGCUCUUCGCAUUUGACGGCAGCAAGGCACGAGCAAUAGGAGAUGUGACACUACCCGUCAUAGCCGCUAGAAAAUCCCUUUUGAUGACUUCCGUGGUGGUAGAUGCUUCGAGCACCGACAAUGUGAUCAUGGUGUGA